AUGGGCGAAGGAUAUUUGAAUGUUUCACCGAAUGACCAUGACUGUUUUUGGCGUGUUGAUGUUCCGGACGCUGAACCAUGGAUUUUUUCUUGUGGUUUCAUCUCCGAUCUUCAGAAGGUUCUUUGCAUAAGCACCAACGUAGCGGAUUUAAUGACGUUCCAGACAGUGCUGCCAAUUUCAUUAAACUGCUUCACAAUUCGGCCAUAUAUGGAUGAGGACCAGAACAAUCUUCGUUAUAUUGAUCAAACUGCAGACGAGGAAGAGAAGCUGACGUGCAAUGUUCCUUUUCCUGGCGAUAUUAGACGCCAACGAUUUUUCGACAAGAACAUUGGUACGUAUGUUAGUUGUGCGAUACCACGGACCUCAUUUGUGGUUGUGGAGAACGAUGCGGUGGGGAAUCCGCGACGCAUAAUUGCCGUUGUGUCUGCUGCACUAGAUGCCCGAGAGUUCGUUAGCAAGUGGCAGCGCCAGCUCGAAGACGUGUCGCGUUGGGUACCACCGCUUCUGUCCGAAAGUUUCUACAAAAAGUUCCCCAGCCAGGUUGACAUUAAAUGUCAUGAUUUCACUCAGGAUGCGACUGCUGUUCGCAGAUUACUAUGCGUAACAGCUGUUGCCUUAGCUUACAAUGGUAAGUAG